CAGGCACUCUUUAUCCCACCUUGUAUUAGUAUUCCCGCCUGCUCAUUCUUCACUUAUGCUCUCUCUGACAGACAAACAUACGAAAUCUAAUAUGCUCAUAAAUGGAAGAUGUAACAAAUACUGCUUUAACCAUCUCCCACAUCAUUCAGCGUGGCCGGCCCCUCACGGCCGCCUCAUCUCUCGUCGCCGCCCGUCCUGUCUUCAUCUCAAAGCCCCAAAAGAAUCCUGGCCGUGACAAUCGGAAGAAACCCUCUUUUGCUACCCUGCAAGAUGCUAACCCUAAGACGCUCGAACCUUUGAAUCAGCCGACCACCCUAAUCGGAGCUCUUACACUGCCCUCUUUCUUUGAGCUUACCUCACCGAUUAAGUGCAGUUGCUUUCAGUUUUCUGAUUAUUCCGCUACCAUUUGCUGUGACGUCUUGGACUUCGACCCAAUAAUGAUUGGCAGAGAGAUUAAGGUCCUCGCUUGGAAUUUUAUUCCUCUGAAAUGUGAUAAUAAGGGUGUCAAGAGUGGGUUUCUGGAGAUUAUUACCUGGGAUUUUCUCCAAGCAUGGAGUGGGGAAGUUUGUUGUUAUCCGAAUUUGGGUCCAUUUUGCUUGGAUUUUGGAGCUUGUGACGUUAAGGAUAAAAGCAAAACUAGCUCUUUGAUUUUUGGUGCUAUUGAGUCCAUAAGCCCUGUAUUUGUUGUUCCUUGCACAAGUGGUGAGAGUAGUUCGAAAAAUGUUAGUGGGUUUCUUGUUAGUCUUCUUACUUGUCAAUGCAAAUUUUGUGUUUCGAAAGUUCUGGUUCGGCAACUGAAAGAUCUGAGUGAGAUUAACGUGAAAGACCAUCAUUUUAGUAAGACAGCAAUUGUGUACUUUUGUGGCUCGACAUCAUCAUGGCAUCCCAUGAUGUCACGGUUUAUUGGCAACAUAGUUAUGUUAAGGGGUUUAAAGAAAAGACUGGUUUAUAUAAGGAAAGAAGAGUCCCAACUGAUGCACGUGACAACAGAUGACACAUCAUUACACAUUGCUACGUUCAAGGAUCAAGGUCGUAUUCACAAUGCAGAAAUAAGGAAAAAUGCUGAAUUUGGUAGCUAUACUGGGGUCAUUACUGGUAUUUACAUGAAGGGAGUUGUUGUUGAGUUCGAUCGAGAUGUUAUAUUAUUAUUAACAGAACAGCAUAUCAAUGUGCCACACAGUGUCAGACUUGGUGCAAUCGUGACUCUGAAAAAUGUUCAUUUUGUUGAUCCAAAAUUUCCAUGGGGAAAAAUGAUGAUACUUGGUGCUUGCUUUAGGACUAGCAUCCGUGUGGAGUCAUUUUCCCCAUUAGAAACAGGGUGUCGUUUGAAAUCACACUCCCAAAGUCCUCUUCAAAAGUUCAUUGAUUCAUUGUCUUUUGCAGCGAGAUUAUGGGCAUUGCUAGUCGCCUCAUGUUUUAGAAAGAAGUUUGCUGGAAUUUUCUCAGAGAAGGAGAUCUUGGGAUCGAAACAUAAGGCAGGAAUGGCUCAGAAGUAUGCUACAUCCCUUUUGCCAUCAUCAGCUUACCGAUCUCAGCAAGGAAUAAUGCUCGAAUUCUGCAAGCAUGAUCUGUCUUGUGGUGCCAAAGAAGAACUUCAUGGUCCACUGAGAUUGGUGCUACCUAUUGGUAAUUUAAUUAGUUAUUGUGAGGGUUUUUGGAAUAAAAUCCUUGACCAGGAGAAUUUAUCGACUGUUGGUUGCGGAGCUCCAAAAAAGUUGCUAUCUUGUGGUGGAAGAACUCAUGUGCAAUCACUUAGAAGAAUCUUGUGCACUGAUGAAAUUGGUGUUAGUGUUCUGGGAAAGCUAAAGAUUUCUUUAUCUUCCAGAAGAUUGCAGCUAGUUGAUGCAACUGGUGAAGUUGACAUCAUGCAUGAUCUUUCAGAAUCUUGGGAUUUUGAUAGGAUAUUUGAGGCAAAGGGCUUCAGACUAGUUAUAGAAGGCAUGCUCCCAAAACUAGUUGACUUGGAUUCAACCAUAUAUCAGCCUUUAUCUUGCCGAAGUAUUUUUAGUAAUGAACUAUCACUAAAAAGGAUGAAGUUGUCGAUCUAUCUAUUUAACUGUUUGAUUGAUGGAGACUCUAGAGGCCAUUCUGUUUUCUUUGAAUUGAACGAGAAGUCCCAGAAGCUUGAAAAUGCAAAAUUUCACUUGCUUUUGUUGACACACAAAUUUCCUAUUAUGCAAAAGUUUCAAGGAGAUCUAGCAAAGGGGUCCAACAUGUUUGCUCAGGCAAUAAUCUUGCCCUGGGAUUUGCUUCUUGAUGAGACAAGUAGAGAUACAGCCAUGAUUGUGGCUCCCUCAGAACAUAAAAAGGUUUCUGUAGAAAACAUAGCCAGACAUGAGAAUCAUCUUAUACAUAAGAGAAGAAAAUCUGAGCAAAUUUCAAUUGAGGCUUCCUAUGGUGGUCUGAAUGAUGUUCGGAAUGGAACAAGUGAUUCCUGUAGUUCUUGCAGCAACCCUUACAUAGAAAAUACUUGCGUUUCGAAUAAUCCACUAGAACUGCCUUGUGUAGUUGCCACUAAAGGUGUAAAUUGUUAUUGCACGGGUAUGCUUUUGUGUGCUAAUGAGCUUACUGAAAUUGUUUGCUUCUGCAAACUACCAAUGAGGAAGGUAUUACUGGAAUUUGACCCUGAUAGCUUUAGCAGAUACGAGGUAGCCAAAAUUGGUAGUUGUUACCUAGUUUCAGAUCAAGAGGGAGACAUGUUAUGUUCUAUAAAAGAAAAUUAUCAAGUCAGCCGUGCUAAAGUUAACAUUUGUUCUGGUACCAUUUUCAGAAGUCUCACGUUCUCAUCAAUCGAAAGUCUCCAUAGUUCUCAUCUCUCCAAUGCAUUUCCAUGUCCGCCCAAUAAUGGUGUGGACAGUAAGAUUCAUUCAGAAAUUAGCGUGUUUGUCCCUUCCAGUGCUCUAAAUUUACUGGAGAAUUUCACUAAGGCAUGGGAUAGGGGUCCUUCUGGGCCAAAUUACUCUCUCGAGGAAGUGGACAUCCCUGACCCUGUUCAGCCUGUGAUAGAUGCAUCCAUGCAGUCUUUAAGCAUUUCAUGUUAUAAUUGCACUUUGCCCGAAGGAAACCUAAUAACUUUACACGGUCUUGUAGUUGCUUUGCAUGAAUGUAAUGAUGAUGCUUUUCCUGCACAACCUAAGCCUAUCAUAGCUGGUGAAGGUUAUUUACCGAUGUUUCACCAUGGGAAUGGUGGUGGUGUAUGUGUGCAUGUUUUGGUGGACAGUCGAAUGGUCAGAAUCAUCUGUGAUGUAGGUAAACAAACUUUCCCUGUUGGCUUAGGCAGGGAUACUUAUGCAACCUUUCACCGGAUCCUCGUACUAAGUGGGCAGAACAAGUAUAUGAUGACGCCUGUAUCUUUCAUCACAAUUAACAACACAUGCUUGAUGAAUAAAAUACUCGCUGAGGAGGAAUAUGAUGCCUGUACACCUGUGGGCUUAACUGGUAUUCCUAUUCCGGAAGUAAUUCCCAUAUCACUUAUCUGUGAUGCAUUCCAAUUGUUAGAGCCUAAACCGAUGCAAUUUCGUUGCAGGGUUGUAGCUGUUUAUAUACUUGUAAUGGAGAAAGCUGGAACAAGUGCAGUUUCUCAAUCAAGUGCAACCUCUGUACAAUCUGCUUUGGGGAUACCAUUUGCUGGUUUUGUCAUAGAUGAUGGGUCAUCCUGCUGCUGCUGUUGGGCUGACUCUGAGAGGGCUGCAAUGUUACUUGGGUUAGAGCCCAAAGAGUAUUUACUUCAAGAUUCAGCAGAAACUUUUGGGCUAUCUAAAUCUGGCACGGGCCCACAAUGCAGCUCCACUAUAAACCAACUCAAUCAGAUGUUAGAGAAGCAUGGCAGAAUUGUGGUGAAAAAUUAUGGGUCCGUAUUUGACUCUUCGUGUCAAGAUCUUUCAUUUUCUGUUGGUUCGGAUGGAUUAAUUGGCAGCUCGGGUGAAGACUUUAUCAGAAGCUUGAUUGCUGAUGCUAUUUCCAGCGUGUCUUGGACUAUUGAUGCCAGCCUCAUGGAUGCAAAACUUUGUAGCUGGUUGCAAGAGAACUUAACUAAAAUGGAUAUAUCGAUUCCAACAUUGCUGAAUAUAUGGGCGACAAAUGUUGGUCAUACGGACGUGCUUGAAGAAGCUAGGAACAUCAUUCGAGGGUUCAAGCUAUGAUCGAGCUUAUUGUGAUUUCUUUACAUUGUUAGGUGAGGUUUCAUGCUUUUAUGGUUUUAUAUAAUUUAUCAUUGCACCAAUGGCACGCAAUCAUCUGCAUCAAUUACUUGUAUUUGGUGUGGUAUAUUUUUUGGGUGCGAAUCUUUGAUAGUUGUGUGAUUUAGCCAUAAUCAUCUACGUUGGAGUUUCAACUUUGUCUGGAGGUUUCAACUGAGUGAUUAGAAUUGUGGACUCAAUGCAUUUAAAUUCAAGUGUCAUUUGUCAUUGCGAAAUACAGGUUAUAAAAAUUCGUAAUGUGAAUCCCCAUUGAAGUUGUAACAAGUUGACAAUGCAAUACCAAAGUGAAAGAUUAACAUCGUUUCAGUAACUAGCAACUCAUCAUAUAUUAUAAUGAAAGACUUCAAUUCCUGAAGAGAGCAUCUUAUAUAGUCAAUUCAAACGUCGACCUAAUAAUACCAAAACCUAGAUAGACAUUUGUUACUAAUUUUUCUGAGGUGGUUUCAUUUUGAGAAGAUGGGAAACACCUGCUAUAACAUGGAGUCUGCUGCUUGGAAUGCCAGUCUUUGCAAGUGCGUUCCCGUUUUUAUCUAGCAACACAAAACAUGGGACGUACUUGAUGUCGUAAUGGAGGAGCUGCAUGCAACCAUUUAUCAUUCUCUGCAUCAGCCAUAACGAUGUUAAGCCAAUCGGAGUUCCUCUUUUCAACCUCCAUCACAAAACCCAGCAAAGAAUUACAGAGUCCACAGUUUGGAGAGUAAAACUCAAUGACCGUAGCACCUUUCCCGCUCGCUAGAGCGCCUGCAAAUGCCCUCUGCUCCGCCUCUCCUUGCUCUUGAGGGCUCAAAACAUUUCUCUUUUGGUCGGAUGCAAAAGGGCCUUUUUGGUGAACUGCAAAAUCGACCAAAUUGAGGGCCGCAACGGUUAAAUUCUUGACCGAUUUGAAAAGCCAAGGGGUAUCCAAAGAGCAGGGAUUGUUGGUGGGGGUUAAGGGACUUUUCUGAGGAUCGUUAUUACUGUUGUUAGCAUCCCAUGGCCAUUUUAAGCAGAAAAGAGGGGGUUUUGGGGCUGAAUUCAUUUGCAGUUUUCUUGAUGAGGUGUGGGCACUCAAUACUCACUGCUGG